CACUCAUUCAGGUACUUAAGACCCUGGACACCCGGACCUCAGCUUUCAAAGCCCUCCGAGGGGCGAGGGCUGUUUAUAUAAGUAGGGAUUCCUCCGCAAAGGCGCUGACAUCCCGAGACCAGCGAAUGGAGAGCGCCUCCCACUUUCAUCCUUAGGAGAGGCAUCCUCAACCAUCCCUGGGUUCCUAGUUUACCCUGCUCCCAACCUUCUUCCCCUCCUCGGCCAUGGCCACCUCUGGACGCCUCGGCUUCACGGUGCGCAGCCUCCUGAAUUUACCCGAACAGGACGCGCCGCCCCGGGUGAGGCGCGAGCCACAGACUACCGCCUGGCUGGAGUCGGAGCGCAGCCACUACCCGUCCUCGGAUGAGAGCGGCCUGGAGACAAGCCCUGCAGACUCGUCGCAGCUGACUUCCCUCGGGCGGGCGUCCCCGGGCGCCGACCCAGAGAAGAGGAAGAAGCGGCGGGUGCUGUUCUCCAAGGCCCAGACCUUGGAGUUGGAGCGGCGCUUUCGGCAGCAGCGUUACCUGUCGGCGCCCGAGCGUGAACAUCUAGCUCGACUCCUGCGCCUCACGCCCACGCAGGUCAAGAUCUGGUUCCAGAACCACCGCUACAAGCUGAAGCGUGGGCGAGCGCCGGGGAUCACCGAGUCUGCGGAUAUGGCAGCAUCAGCUGAUCUGCACGCCGCUCCCGGCCUGCUGCGCCGCGUAAUGGUACCCGUGCUGGUUCCCGAUCGGUCACCGUGCAACGGCAGGGGUGAGGGGUCAGCUGCGGUGCCCCAGGACAAGUGCAGCGCACGCCCGGCGGCCACUGCGUGCCCAGUGCCGGGCUACGCAGCCUUUGGACCAGGCUCGGCGCUAGGCCUCUUCCCUGCCUACCAGCACUUAGCACCACCAGCUCUGGUCUCCUGGAACUGGUGAAGCUGCUGCGGGGUGCCUAGACUUGGGACAUUGCUGUUUGGCCCUCCCGCCACAGUAGAGCUACAGCCGCACCAAAGUCAGGAGGUGACCCAUGCAGGAGCCCUUCUUAAGUCCUGGGUCCCUGGGUUGCCCUAACCAGCAAUCGCAGAAAACACACGCGAGGGACUUUCUCCAACUCCUGAUUGAUCGUUGCCCCGCCGCCAAUCCCAGAGCUAGAUUUUAUUUCUUGAGCAUUAAUUGUUUAUUUUUAAAUAGCCACUUGUAUGAAGCAACUUAUUUUU